CGUGGCCGGGCUGGAGGCGGCGUCGCUGGCGCCGCUGCGUGCGGUGUGGUGCUGGGUGGGGGCGCCAGGCGACCGCGGCUCGGCGGGACCAUGGAGCUCGGAGCGCAGCCCAGGCGCCGGCGGCGGAAUCGCGGACCGUUUUAAUUUUGACUGCUGUACUAUUGAUAUCUGAGCCAAAGUGGUGAUGCUACCUGAGGGGAAUUUCUGCAGCCCGUAAGUCAACAGUUAUACGAUUGUGAGCCAUGCCUUUAGUGAAGAGGAACAUCGAACCCCGGCACCUGUGCCGGGGAGCCCUGCCUGAAGGGAUUACCAGUGAACUUGAAUGUGUAACCAAUAGUACUCUUGCUGCUAUCAUACGCCAGCUAAGCAGUCUAAGCAAACAUGCUGAAGACAUAUUUGGUGAGCUGUUUAAUGAGGCUAACAACUUCUACAUCAGAGCAAAUUCUCUUCAAGACAGAAUUGAUCGCCUUGCUGUCAAAGUUACCCAGCUGGAUUCAACAGUGGAAGAAGUGUCACUACAGGAUAUCAACAUGAAAAAAGCUUUCAAAAGUUCCACAGUCCAAGACCAGCAGGUGGUUUCAAAGAACAGCAUUCCUAAUCCCGUUGCUGACAUUUACAACCAGAGUGAUAAGCCACCUCCUCUGAAUAUCCUUACACCAUACAGAGAUGAUAAAAAGGAUGGGCUGAAGUUCUACACUGAUCCUUCCUAUUUCUUUGAUCUCUGGAAAGAAAAAAUGCUGCAGGACACAGAAGACAAAAGGAAGGAGAAGAGGCGUCAAAAGGAGCAAAAGCGUAUAGAUGGCACAACCCGGGAGGUGAAAAAGGUUAGGAAGGCCAGAAACAGGCGCCAGGAGUGGAGUAUGAUGGCAUAUGACAAAGAGCUUAGACCCGACAACAGGCUGUCUCAGAGUGUGUACCACGGAGCGUCUUCCGAGGGAUCCCUGUCCCCAGACACUAGGUCACACGCAUCGGAUGUUACAGAUUACUCUUACCCGGCAACUCCCAACCACUCUCUGCACCCGCAGCCCGUGACCCCUUCUUACGCAGCCGGGGAUGCGCCACCGCACGGGCCAGCAGCCCAGGCCCCCGAGCAUGAGUACCGACCCCCCUCCGCCUCGGCAAGGCACAUGGCCCUAAACAGACCCCAGCAGCCGCCGCCGCCACCCCCACCGCAGGCCGCAGAGGGGUCCCAGGCCUCCGCCCCCAUGGCGCCAGCAGACUACGGGAUGCUGCCAGCACAGAUAAUUGAGUAUUACAACCCCUCAGGACCUCCUCCUCCUCCACCAGCCCCCAUGAUUCCUUCAGCACAAACUGCUUUCGUCAGCCCCCUGCAGAUCCCCAUGCAGCCCCCGUUCCCUGCCUCCGCGGGCUCCUCCUAUCCGGCUCCUCCUCACCCUCCCACCGCUGGGCUCGUGGUCACAGCGCCGCCACCUCCGGGCCCACCGCCUCCUCCACCGGGCCCCCCUGGCGCAGGCUCUUCUCGCUCGUCCUCCCCAAUGCAUGGCCCCCCUGCAGCUGAGGCAAAGCGCCUAGAGACGGCACAGCCACCCAUAAGUGAUGCUCGAAGCGAUCUUCUUGCUGCCAUUCGAAUGGGGAUUCAGUUGAAAAAGGUGCAAGAACAGCGUGAGCAAGAGGCCAAGCGCGAGCCAGUCGGGAAUGACGUGGCCACGAUCCUGUCCAGACGCAUCGCCGUGGAGUACAGCGAUUCUGACGACGACUCGGAGUUUGAUGAGAACGACUGGUCCGACUGAGGCGGCGCGCAUGCGCAGCAAGGCGGCACGCUGCUGAGCCCGGCGGCCACCGCGAGACCGUGUGUCGGAAAUGUCUUGAAAAUUUUAAGUGGUCUCAGCACCCACAUAGUGGUAUUAUAAUCCUGUAGCUUAGCACCUUUUGUAUUAAUAAUGUGAUAUUGCUUUUGCACAUCCAAAAAUUCUGGGUUUUUUCAGUAUUUACUGUGUAAUACUUAAGUGCCACUAAACAUAGCAAAUUGUGCUGCACAUGAGGAAAUAUGCUGUAACUAUCGCAUUGUCCUGAAAACAGCCUCUUGCUUACUUUUUCUUGGCCAUGAAAGUACUUAGUGCGGUUUGGGUUUCCUCUUCUUGAUCACUAUAAUUCUGCAGACUUGCUGUGUGUUUGUGAAGCUGCCUGGUGUUAGGUCUUUGCAAGAUUUAUGACCGUGUGUCAGAGUGAUGUCUUCCAAUCAGUAAGUGGACCGUUUCACCCUUUUUUGUUUGUUUCAAAUGUGUUUCCGAAGAAGUUGGUUCCAGAGGGAAAGAUUUAACAGAGUCAAGCGUUGCUGCUUUCCGUUUCUUGGCUCGGUCGCCUCUGUGUGAAUCGGAACGCUCUGUGAGAUGAUUUGGUUUCCUUUGCACGCUCUUGUGAAAUGUGAAAUUGGAAGGAUCCUUUCCAGGCAGGAUUCCCUGCGGGCACUCACUUGGUCGAUGCUUGUUGAUGAUUUCUGUUGAGAAGUUCCAGCCGCUGCGCAGUCAUGAAAAUGAACAGGGUUCUUUUUCCUUGGCGGUGGGGGGAGGGAUCGGGGCGGACACUGGGAACACCUGGCAGCCCCUAGAGCCCCCGGGGCCAGCCGCCACACGGACACGGCAGGCGAGGGUCCGCCCGGUGCAGAGGAACGCGCCCCCCCCCCCCCCCCCCCCCGCCUUUCCCCGGAGCCGCGUCCUAAGUGAGGCCGGUGGAGUUCCUGGCUCCCCGAUGGAGUUCCUGGCUCCCCGGUGUGCUUCAGAGAGUGCUUCCCCAUGGCACCUCGCUCCACUUGGUCUGGAUUUUAAAGCUUAGAUUUUAGGUGAAAGUAGAUGCUGACAGCUAUUCGCUUUUCCUGGUGCUGUGGCCAGAUUAGGGAUCCAUCACCCAAGUAGGGCCUUGGCCCUACUCCUAGAAGCACACGGUUCUCUUUUCUCAUGUUGUCCUCAGCACAUUAAAUUUUAAAAAAAGUACCUCAGAUUAGAUUAGACGUGUAGCUGUUCCAGAUCACUUUCCUUUCACCUUAGCCCUAACUGCCGUUCUUUCCACAUGGCCAUUCGAGAGACCCCCCGGGGUUUAUUAUCUUGGUGAGAGCAGAGCCCUGGAAAAUAGGAUGGCAGCUUUGCUCUUGUAAUCUUGGGUGAAGGGUAACUGCUUGUUCAGAAUCAAGAAACGCCCCCAGGCUUCGAUUAUAGAUACGACUUCACAAAUAUACUAAAAUACUUCAAUUACUAGGGAUUCUUACCUACGUACAGCCUUUCAAACGGAUGGCGGUUAUUUGUGACUGUCUGUCAUGAUGAAGGAGUCUUUAGCUCAAGACAGACUUGUCUGGUUCAUGGUAGUCAUCUAAACAGGACCAUGACCAAUGGAUUUUUGUUAAUGAGUCCUCCUGAGGACUUCAGCGGCGCCCCCAAACCACGUCUGUGUGUCCCCAAGUGGACAUUGAUUCAGCUUGUGGGCGGUCAUCAUUGGGCUUUAGUCAUGUAGAUUUUGAAACUCUGAAAAGCCUAGUGUCUGCAUCCCCUUCCGGAGACCAUGCUUCUUCUAUCCAGGUUACCUGAGGCUUUUCAGCUGUACUAGCCAUUUGGGCACAUGCUUCUCGAGUUUCUGUUUCUUGGAGCUAGUCACUAUAAUUUUAUUGAAUAUAAGUGGUAGUUAUUAAUGGACUUUUACAUUUCUUUCUUUGAUUUCUCCCCCCCUUUUUUUCCAGCAUAAAGGCCUACUGUUUUGGCAUUAUUCUUGGGACUUCUACCAUUUGUAGUCUGAUUUUAUCUUUAUUACAGUAUUUUGUUUUUUUGGUUCCUUUUCUGUUAGGAAUUACUUGUAUAAUUCUAGAACUUCUAUUUGGUAACGCUUCUUUGUUUUUUAUGUCCCUUCUGUUCUCAGGAUGAAGAGAACACAUAAAGCUACUAUCCAUGUCAGGAUUUCUUCUCUUUAUAUCUUAUUACAAUAAAAUUACUGGCACUUUAUCCAUAAAUAUUCAUAAGCCUAUUAUUAGUUGUCUUCCUGUGGUUUAAUCAACAAGUUAUUUUCGACUUGAUUUUCCGACUAGUGAAAACCUUUUGCCCUAAUGUGUUGCAUAGCCUUUAAAAGAAUGGAAAAUGACUAAAAUUCAAUUUAGAUUAUUUUUGCAGUAUAUUUCUCAGCAACUCUGAUUUAUUCUAAAAUUAAAUCCAGACUUUUUCUAAUGUGCUAUUACAUGAAAAGGAAAAAGUGAAUAUUUUGAAUUUUCAGUUUUCAUUUUCAAGAACUAUUUACCAAAAUGAAUGGAGAAAAACGUUUAAAAGCAUAUUUCAUAUCUAUGGAUUUUACAUUUUUCAAGUAGUAGUUACAAUAUUGUAAGGUUAUUUUAAAUUGUCCUCAGCUUUUCCCCCCAUGUGUAUUUUAGAUUAAUUUCUUACAAGUUUUUUUCUCAUAUCAUAGAUUAGGCAAGGGGAUGAGAAGGUUACUCGGUACCACACAUUAGCUUACACAAACAUACGUGGUUGGUUUUCCAUUGUUAACCCCAAACCAUGAGAUUUGGUACACUUACGUUUUUCUUUAGUGAAAGUAUAUGGUUAGAAAAUUAACAUUUUCACUUCAGUAAAUUUUAGAAUAUCAAAAUCUUUUCUGAACACCAAGUGGCUAGGUUGUGAAAGUUUUGUAAUAAUUUGCAACUGGGAUACAUGAUACAUUUUAAUCCAUUAAAGACUAGUGGGAAUGUAUCAGCCAGAGUAGCAAGUAAUUUUUGUUUAUAAAUCAGAGUAUCUGUCACCUUGCAGUAUUACCAAUGCUGUUGUAAAUUGAAUUUAAAGUGGUAUUAAAAAACAAAAAACACACCUCCUGUUAAACAAUUUUUAUCUGUUUGUAUAUCUUACUAUAGAUUAUGUACAAGUAACAUCUAAAUAAAAUUACACUUUUAACCCUAAAAGG